CAGUCACAAGCCAAGAAGAAUGUGAGUCGUGUAUAGCCCGAGGCCGACAUCCGUGAGAUCGUUACAUGGAACCGAUCGAUAAGUGCGUCAGCGGCCCUGUUAUGACCUGUCGAUGCUGUGCCAUCUCUUCAGGUUCGCUUCCAGCUCGACUCCGAAGACAGCACCAAGGACCAAUCCCAGCGGGAUACUGGAUACACAACUUCGGAGGACGAAUCGCGCUCGGGGUCGUCGAGUAUGGCCAAGUCAGCUUUGAAGCGCAAGCCGACAAGCCCCGAGAGCAAAGCCUCCUCACCGAUCCAGAAGCGAUAUCGUGCUCUUGUGACGGACAACCGUUUCCUGGACGACGAAGAUGAUUUCAGUCACUACGAGUAUACCCCUGCGGCAAAGCCCGCGCCGAUGCCGCCCACGCUCAAGUCCACCAAAGGCAUAGCCAUCACGGUCCCCGGGCAGGCGGUCAGCCGGAAGCCCGAAGCGUCUCCGACACUCAAGCCGGUCUCGCCUCGCCUCAAGCCAUCGUUUUCGCCGCGGAUAAAGCCUAUGGGAUCGCCGCGGCUCGCGAGUGCGCUGGAGCCCUUGCCGCCCAUGGUGCUGGCCGAUGCUGCAGACAGCGAGCCGAGUGUGAUCGAAGUUGACAACGAGGAGCUUCCGAUAUCAGGCUUCAGCCUGCGGCAGUUGAUCGACUCGCCGUUCCGCCGCGGAAAGAUGUCCCAAAAAAUGAUGGAGUAUCUCGAGAGCAAGAAGUCUAUGCGUAGACAGUCUCCCGCAUUGAGAUCAAGGUCGGGAACGCCGGUCUCGGAGCGAGCCGCAUCGCCCAUGAGCAUCAAGUCGGACGGGCCCGAGCCAGCAGAGGAUUCGGACGACUCCAAGCAGGACAUCAAGCCCAGUGUCUCGUCGUUUGGGCCGCAGAUCCGAAUCGUCAACGGCCAGAUUGUGGUCGACGAGCAAUCUCUGAUGAUUGCCGACGAUGCUCAAUCUGAAAUCGGCGAGAUGGAGGAGGUGGACGAAUCGGACCGCCAUAUCACCAGUGCUUCCUUCUCACGGAAGCCGCGGAUAGUCGGCAAAUGGACAAAGGAAGAAACCAGGCUGUUUUACGACGCUCUGUCCAUGUUUGGCACCGAUUUCAAUCUCAUCUCCAAGAUGUUUCCUGGCAAGAAUCGGACACUGCUGAAACGCAAGUAUCGGCUGGAGGAGCGACUCCAUGGUAGCUUGGUCACCAAGGCGCUGAGACAUCGCAAGACACCAGACCAGGACGUUCUCGAGACCAUGGAACUGCGGGCCAACCAAGAGCGCUCGCUGCGGGAGGCCGAGCAACAGGCCCUCGGCACCCUGCCAGAUCCUCAAGGACAGUCCCUGGCGGCUGGUGAGCGCCCUGCUGAAGAAGGGCCACCCGCUUCAGAUUCGGAGGAGCGCACCGAGCUCAAGAACGAAAUCAUCCAGAGCACAAGAGACCAUGCGAGCCUGCGGCAAGUCCCUGUUGUGGGGGCUCGGUCGGGGCCGCCUGUCGUUGCUUCGAGCCGUGCGGCAGAGCCUGCAAGAACAGAGCCCGCAAGAGCAGAGCCCGGCACCUCGAGGACAGAGACAAGCGCAGGACCCGAUGCCGAUACGGCCGCGGCAGCCGACGGGAGCCAGGCCGAAUCCAAAACGAACCAAGGCGGGCCCGAUGCCACCGAAGCCGAGGCUGCGACUACCAAGCCGACAUCAUCGCCAGCCCAAGCCAUGCUGCCGGUGCUCUCGGAAAAGGUCAUGGCGCUUAUCUCGAGCCCAGUGUCUCGGAUGGUCGGCAAAGGCAGCCGGACUGGGUUUGCACCAAAGAUCGUCAAGAAGAAAGCAAAAGGCGUGCCCAUGAAGCAGGACCCCGCGCCGACAGACUGAAUCCGGCGUCGUUGUUGGGCGUCCUCUCUUCCCGUCCGCCGGCUCUCUUCCCCCCUCCAGAGCCGAAAAACAGCAGGCAGAACAAGAUUGGUCAGCCAGCCAUGCAGGUGUAGGGCCGUCGCGACGUCUGGUCAUGGCCUCCUGGGACCAGAUCGCCGAGGGGCCAAUGCUUGGCGCGCGGCAUCUUGGUUUGUCCAUUUUUCCCGACACUGCAACAAGACCCCCGACGCCGGGCUCGAUGGCCUGCACAUGCAACAGCAGCAACCCUCCGUGUCGGCCGAUCGGACCAAUACAGCGUUUUCCAGGCUCUCUGCGAGGGCCAGCACGAGCAACAUUGCUGCCGGGUCGAGGGAACUUGGACAGCCAGCGCGGCGAGGCAGACCGCGGGUGCAGUGCUCUGCCG